AUGUCUCAGGUGACAUCGUCUCAGGGCGUCAAACGCAUGGCCCCUGAUGCCAAGAUGGCUGGCGAUGUUAGCAUUGGCCUGAACGACGACAAGACUCCAGCCAACGCCAAAAAGCUCAGGAAGGAGCGUCUGGCUCUCGCAUAUGAUACUGAAACUCUCAUCAACCGUCGCGACGACAUGGAUCAUCAGAUCUCCCGGGCAGCUCAGGAUAAGAGCCAGAACGGCGGCGAGCCCCAGGUUGAACUCGUCCUUGCGGCCUCCAACCUCCAGGACGCGGAGCGUCACCACGUGCAAAGACUCAACAACCGCAUCACAGAAGCCGAGAAGCUAUGGCUUGCUGAGCCCAUUGAAACACUUCACUACAACAUGGUCUCUCUUUUCGAGCUUCGAGCGCGUUUCAAAGAUCACCUUGGCCCUCGCAUGGUUUCCACACUUGAGGAUGAUAACACGUCCUCGUCAGACCCGUGCUCCGAUGACGAGGGAAGUAUCAACAACGACACCGCUCUGAGCAAGGCGAAUUCGUCGGUCAAGCGCCGUGCCCAAGACGAGUCGAACCGCAAGCACGUUGGUGACGAUGAACCGCCUUCAAAGAAGUUCAAGCAAGGCGAAAACAAAACUGUCGAGAGCCCUGUUCCUAUUCCUGUUCCUAUCCAGAAGGCGCAGGGGAAUCGUUUGUCCGAGUCCCGCCGCGGUCAAGCAAUCCACAAUACUGACUUCCAUGAAUAUGUCAGUGGUGGCAAGACUAAACACAGCAAGGACACAGCGCAUCGCUUGAGCGACGUUGAGGAAGACUUCUCACGCAGACAACUUCAGAGCUCGGAGAAGCACGCCGAAUCCACUGCCGAGAAGAAGGCCAGGAAGAAGCGGGAGAAGACGAUGAAGAAGAAGGAACGCAAGCGCACCAAGAAUGCCACCUCGCAGCACAAGAGAGGUGAAAGUCGCCGUCGGUCUACUGAGAAGAAGGCUGAUGAUAACUCGGAGGACAAGCCUGCCCCUGAGGUGCGCCGGGUCACUGCUGUCCCCAUUCCAGCUCAUUACCCCCGACCUGACACUCCUCUCAAGUCCAUCUCUUCCGUCCCGCUUCCAGGCCACUAUAAACAGACAUCUGCCCAAGCAACGCCUAUGAGUGUUCGCCACGGAACCAAGAUCCAGGCUCCUGUCGACCCUGGUGCUGUAAAGCAUCACGAAGGCGGCCCUCGCCGCCCUUACCUCCCGAUUUUUCACUCGGCAGACUACGCCACUGACGGCCGUGAUGCCAUACCCAAAACUGCAACCCCCGACCCGAAAGCCAGCACAAAGACCUGGCGUCUAGAGAGCAGCGAACAUCGCCGCUCCCAUGGCGGAUCCGACAUCACCAUGCGUAUCGGACGUAUCGGCUCCACCGACGAUACCAUGCGCCACCCUGACCCGGCUGACGAAUCUCCCGUUGAGGUUGUCCGCAAGAACAAAGAUGGCCGGCCUAAAGGCAGCAAGACCCAGACCGCCACGACCAAAAGCCCCAUCGCUCCAUCCAACGCAAAGCCCGCUACGACUAUUGCCACCAGCCCCAUGGCUACGCUGCCUUCGACGGGCAGCCAGCCCUCAGAGCUCGUUCGCGUGCUGGCACCCUCCAACCUCGUCCCCAUCGCUUUCUACAGCCCAGCUUCGAUUCACGAGCAACAAGCCAGAGAGGCGAGAUUCAAGGCCCAGUUGGAGAAGGAUGCAGAGGUCUUCGUUCGGGAGAGAAUUGAGUGGCGGCGCGCUAUGAACCUUGACUAG